AUUAUAUCAUGGGAAGUUAUUUGUCCUGGAUUUAGUAAUGUUACAAGUCUGCUAAAAGAAAAGUUCGAGUUAAAGGUUUUGAAGUGUAGAGCCAGUUGUUGUGGGGCAGUGAUUCAUGGCUUGUUCUGAUUUCACUGCUGUUUUAAGUGUCUCAGAGCAGUUUGCACAAGGCAUGAUAGUUUUGUGUAAAUGCACAAUGUAAUUUAAAAUGCCUCCCUCAUGUUUCACUUGAGCUAAAUGCUUGCUGUAUUUAAUUCCACAUCAUAAAAUAUAAGGUCCGUCCCUUAAGGAGAUGGCACAGAAUUUGGCAGUGAACGUAGUUGUGCAAUCAGGGGCACCAAAUCGAUAUGAGCUGCUAGCUUGGGUCAAUGAAUCUUUACAGACGGGUUUCACCAAGGUGGAGCAGAUAUGCACAGGUGCAGCCUUUUGCCAGCUGAUGGACUGGUUGUUUCCUGGGUCCCUGGACCUUUGCAGGGUCCGGUUCCAAAGCAACAAAACAGUGGACUUUAUCCACAACUACAGUUUACUGCAAGCUGCGUUCAGAAAAGUCGGAGUGGUCCAUGACAUCCCCAUUGAGGAGCUGAUGAAGAGGAACUCCUUAGUGGCUCUGACCUUCCUGCAGUGGUUUAAGCUGUUCUUUGACCAGAACAAUAAAGGCAGGGAGUACCAUGCCCUGGAGGCCAGAGGCGGACAGAGUAUGGUUCCUGACUCAGAUGGUCAUUCCUCCCAGACCUCUCAUCAGAAACUGGAGAUUAUUUUGAAGGUGGAUGGCCAAGCAGUAGAAGAACCGAGAAACGAAAAACCAAGAGCAAACUUGAACCGGAAGGCAGAAGUGGUAGUUUUUAUAUCUGACGACGAGGAUGAUGUGGUGGAUGUGACGAUGGAGCAGAAACCGGAGAAAAUGGAGACACAAGUGAAAGAAGAGUGUCCACAGCCACAGAAGACAAUGAAGGUGGAGCAAGCUGAAGCAGCAGUGGACAAGGGAAAUCAAGGGAGUGGGUCCUACAGCAGUGAUACUUUAUUGCACUUCAUCAGAAGAUACUGGAGUGUCAGUGCUGACUCGAGUACAAACCCUUCAGUCCCUACCAUCCUGAGUCCAAUCCACCCUAGAGACAUCAUUCUGGCCUGCUAUGACACGCCGUACUGCCUCUACCUGUAUACGGGGGUAGAGCUGGGUGAAGGACAGAGCACAAGUGUCAUCCUGAUUGGCUACUUUGACCAGAGCGCAGGGGUCAAUGUGGUGAGGCUGCUGCACACUCUGGAGAUGAACUCUGACACUGAUGCACAAUCUCUGAUUCAGACGCUAAAGAAGUGUGGACUUCCUCUGCCCAACCUUGCUGUGUUCUACUGUAACUCUCCAAACGUGGAGGCGAACCAGGCUUUUGUAUCCCAGCUCAAGGCUUUCAACACUGGGUUGAUAUCACUCUGCGGCCUCUCUGGGAUUGCAGGAAGAGCCAGCCAGGCUGCACUCUCGGCCUCCUUUCACUCGGUAGUUGACCUGGUUAGAGACAUCCACCAUCACUACUCCACCUGCUCCUCCGUCAAUGACAGCCUGAAAGAGCUAUUUGCUGAUGCAGAGCCUUACAACCCAUCGUGUUCUAUCUCUGCACAGUGUUUAUUUAUCAUCAACACUGUGCAGAAGAUGGUCAGCAGCUGGAGGGAUGUAGUGGACUAUUUUAAGUCACUGAGACAAGCAGAGGAUACUGACCGGAUCAGAACCCAGCUGAUGAGUCAUAAAGUCAAGCUGCAGUUCCUGUUCCUCUCCCACACUUUGGAGCCCCUCCGAGCUCUCCAAGAAUUGCAGCAGGACGGCAAAGCAGAGGUGGCUGUGGAGCUCCAGCUGACCUCCAUGCUGGUUCACUCCUACGCAGCCAGUCUCCUCCAGCCCUCUGUCGCUGAGUGCUUUCUCAGGAACCGAGAACUGCAUGUGCUAAACAAUGAGAUGAAGCUCCUCCCCACGUCCGAGGUGAACGUAGGUUCUCGUGCCAGAGAGUUCCUGUGGGCCACCGCUGUUGUGGAUCUGGGGGAUCACGAGAGGAGGGAAUUCCUAAAGGACGCGGCGUCUUUCUAUAAAGCAGCCCUACAGAGUAUAGUAGAAAGUAUUCCUAAGCAGCUCGGAGAUGUGGCACUGAGGAAUAUCGGCAAAGUGUUGAAACAUCCUGAAAAUAUCAAUGAUAAUAAAUUAUCCAGGCUUGUGCUGUUAGAGUUGGGGGAUCAGCUGGGUCUGUGUGAAGCUGGGACUCCAGAACAACGUCAGCUGGCAUACGACUAUGCCAGUGUGGUCAAGACGGCAAAGGAGGAACAGACGAGUGGAACAGGUCACUGCUGGGCGAAGAUGUUGCGCGGCAUUAGGCCGUACUCUACUCUGCAUAGACUCCUCCUGACUGUCCUGGCCCUGCCGAGCUCCCUAUGCAGGACGCAGGUGUUUGCUAAGGCUUUCAACACCCCCAGUAUCCUUCAUGAAAGGAAAGAAACCUCCAUAGCCUCAUCUCAACCAGGCAGGUGGACAGGAAGACCCCGCAUCUGUAGAAGAAAACCUGUCAAGGCAAGAAAUGGUUAUAAGAAGAAAGAAGAAGAAGCUGGAGAGAAUUCAUCAGAAGAAAGUGAUCGUUAUGUGGCCAAAACCCGUCUAAAUAUUCCAUCACAACACUACAGCAGUAAGGAGGACUCGGCCAAAACCCGUCUAAAUAUUUCAUCGCAACACUACAGCAGUACGGAGGACUCAGACUACACAGACAAUUCCUCUGAUGUGGUUGAUCUCACAGAAGACUUCAAAGUACGUCGGCACAACAGGAUGAUAGAAGCAGAAAGUGAUAGCCCUCCACAGGCGGAGACUGUGGUUAUUGUGAGCGAUGAUGAUGACGUCAUGGUUUCAACAAGCACACCAUCCAACUCAACAGAACUGCUGGAUGCGGCGGGGGAGCUGGUCUGGGGUCAGGUGGAGGGCUUCACUCCCUGGCCAGCCGUCAUUGUACCGUGCAGGGGAGAGGUUGAACUUCCAGGGAAGAGGAUGGUGGAGUGGUACGGACAGCGAAUGUCCUCUCAGGUCAGUUUGGAGGAACUGAAACCAUUCGGUGCCUUCGCCCAGCACUUCAGCGCUAACUCCUUUGCCAUCCUCGUCACCUACCGAGAAGCCAUCUUCUUGUCCCUGCAGGAGGCGGCUCUGCGUUGUAAGAAGCAGUUUUCUCCACGUCUUGAGGACCGAGAUGAGCUGCUGAAACAGAUGUUAGACUGGGCCUUUGGAGGCUUUGAACCCACUGGGCCAGGCGGAUUCAUACAAGGGGCUGCAACAAAUGGUGUAACUAAAACAACAAACAACAGACCAAAGGUGAUGAAGAAACUUUUCCCGCAAGCCAAAUCUUCUCCUCACUCCUUCGGCUCGCCCCACUCGAUGAGCAGCAAGAGCAGUAUCAUCAGCGCUGAGCUGAAAGAGGUGGCUAUCUCUUUAAACAGACUGUCGUGCGAUUCCGUAGAAAAGUCCUCCCACAGAGGUGGAGGCAGAAAAACUACGUGGGAGGACAGAUUUGAUAUAGCGGGAAAAGGCUCUAAAGGAGUCAUAAAGGAGAAGGGAUCCAGAGGAGGGUGGACAGCAGAGAGGUGGAAACAAGGGAAGGGGGGAUGGGAGGGAGAGAAAGAUGACUGGGGAGUAGGCAAGGGCAAGGGAGGGUGGAAAGGGGGAAAGAGUCUGAAGAAGAAGAUCGAUGGAUUUGAUGAUGACAUGUCACCAGACUUUGUGCCGCACAAGAAGAGGACCUACACCAAAGUUUACAAUAAGGUCAACCAGGCAACCAGCGUUUAUACCCAGCCGGACCAAAAACUCAGAGAAAAGACCAUUCGUAAGAUCAUGGAUAUGAAACUGGACAUUGAAGGCUUCUGUUUGUGUUGUGGAACUGACAAAGUUGAAGUGUCCCACCCUCUAUUUAAAGGCAGCCUCUGCUUGGAGUGUAAAAAUAACUUAACAGAAACUCUGUAUCGUUACGAUGAAGAUGGAUAUCAGUCCUACUGCACCAUCUGCUGCUAUGGACUGGAGGUCAUACUGUGUGGCAACAAUAGCUGCUGCAGAUCUUAUUGUGCAGACUGUAUGAACAUCCUGGUCAGUCCGGGGACGUUUGAUUCCUUAAAGCUGCUGGACCCGUGGAUCUGCUGCUUGUGUCAGCCUCAUCGACCCCACGGCGCUCUGAUUCCCAGAAAGGACUGGAGCAUUCGUGUUCAGGAAUUAUUCGCCAACAACAGCGCCAUGGAGUUUCUAAUAAGCCUGAUUCUUCCAUGCUGGCAUUUCACUGACUUGCUGCAACGUAACACCGCCCCCCUGGCGAUCAGGUCACCAAUCGGUGAUCUCAAGUAGCCAUGAUCUGAAAAUAGAGAUGAUCACCCAACCCUGCUGUGGACACACAUAAGCAUUAAAACAACAAAGUAAAAGGAGCCGCACCGUGUUUACCCGUCCAUCCCAGCCAACCUGCGCAGACCAGUUCGAGUUCUGUCCCUGUUUGAUGGCAUAGCAACAGGGUACCUAGUGCUGAAGG